AUGCAAUACUUAUACACAUACACUCUUUUCUUCUUGACCGCUUUCAUUUUUCUCACUGAUAUCCCAUCUGCCUAUUCUUUACCGUCAAACGCGGCCGAUGUGGUGCUAGCCGUUGAUGUUGAUGUUGAAGUUGACAUAUCUUAUUUCUAUAUGCCAGAUUUAGAAAUCGAGCCCAGCCUUACCAAUGAGCUUUUGGGUAUAGUCGAGAGCGUAAAAUUUUCCGCAGAAAAAUCCAUCGAGAAUGACGUUUUAAAGGAAUCAGUCAGAAUAUUGGCUCUCCAUGAUAGAGCUUAUGAAGGCAUUAAGCGAGUUGUGUUGUUAACGGAAAGGAUAGCCGAAAAAAGAAAAGACGAAUUGAUUGAUUAUAUUUUAUAUGCAAGCAGAAAACUGUUGAGAGAAUAUAAAGCGCCGAGUUUCGAGGAUAAUGAAGAAAAUGAACAAGACGGUGCACAAGCCGAUAACGAUUCAUGGGAGGAGGAAUGA